AUUAUGACGACGUCACACAAAGCUUUGCGAUUUAAAACAUUCAAAACAGACUUUUAAAAAAAAACAUGUUCACGUGGCAGAAAGAUCAAAUUACUUUUUCUUUUUUUGGCACCUGUUGAAGGUCAUUGUAAACAAUUAUUUACAUAUCAUUAAAUUUAUAUAUAGAAAGUGUAGUGUCAUUAGAUUUCUAACAAUGUGUCGAAAUACUGAAAAUAGAAAAUCAUCAAUAAUGUUAAUGCCGGUGUUAUUGAGUGCAUUCGCUAUACCAGUUUCAAUGAUGUUUUGGAUUAUAAAUGUUGUUUAUAAAUUUUUCUCACCUAAUUUGGAACAUCAUUUUGAUGGUUAUCCCGUUAUUUCACCUUGGAGAUGGCUUGCUUCGGUUGUUAUUCCUCUUUUAUUUAUUAUUUGGGGAUUAAAGAAGAAAAGUUUGGAUCUCAGUGGAGCUCUACUUGGACUUUUUACUGGUUUUAUUCUGACUUUAACGAGUUACGCACAUUUGGCAUGUUUAAUGGCAUUUUUUGUUAGUUCGUCAAAGGCGACGAAAUUUCGAAUGGAGAAGAAAAAAAAAUUUGACUGUGAUUUUAAAGAAGGUGGUCAAAGAAAUUGGAUACAAGUUUUAUGUAAUGGAGGAAUGGCAUCGCAAUUAGCAUUACUUUAUUUAUUAGACGUAGGUUGUGGUGAACGACCCAUUGAUUUUGCAAAAGACUAUCGAAGUUCUUGGUUAUCAAUAGGAAUACUGGGAGCUUUAGGUUGUUGUAAUGGUGAUACGUGGGCAUCGGAAUUGGGAACAGUGAUUGGUGAUUCGGAUCCAUUUCUCAUUACAAAUAGAAAACGAGUACCACGAGGAACAAAUGGAGGUGUUUCUUGUGUUGGACUUGUAAUGUCUCUUUUAGGCGGUUUAUUUAUUGGUUUAUUUCAUUAUUUGGCUGUGCUUUAUACUGUGGAUUCGGCAAUUUUAGAAUUAGCCGCACCUCAGUGGCCAAUUAUUGUUGCUGGAGGAAUUAGUGGACUUUUGGGAAGUAUUAUUGACUCAAUUCUUGGUGCCACUCUUCAAUACUCUGGAAUGGACGAGAAAGGCAAAGUCGUUGAGAAACCGGGCAAAGGUGUAAGACACAUUUGUGGAAAACAAAUUUUGGAUAAUCAUAGUGUUAAUUUGCUGUCAACUAUAAUUAUGUCAUUCACACUUCCAAGGAUAGCAAAUUUACUCUGGCCUUAAGCAGGAGAAAAAGAGAAAAAGACGAAGGCAAGAUGAUCGAUGUUGAUACAAUUAAGACGUAUAAUUACUAUUUAUAUCUGAAUAUUUACCGAAACGUUUGUUGUGGUCGUGCAGGAAGUUGCUCGUUUUCUUACAAACACCGAAGCUUCCCAUCUUCUCUUAAAAUGGGUAAUCACCUGGAAAGAAAUUCUCUUCGAUUACGAGACGAAG